AGUGUCCUCAGAUGUAGGCUGACGCAAAGCGAUCAAUUUCUGUUUGUAGUGAUGCUCGGUACUGCUGCUGUACAUUCUACUUUUUGAGCGACGGUAAAAUUAUGGCGAAUGAUUCAACAACACCCCAGACUUCAUCUACUCCUCUCUUCUGGUUACCGCAGACCUACGUAGCACCAUCAGGCAAUCACCCAAUGUUUGUCGCCGCCGCUGCUGCCGCUGCCCAGAAUCCCAUGGUGCAAUAUCCUAUGACCGCUGCAUCUUCUAUAGAUGAGUUGAAUGCUGCUGUUGCUGCAGCCGUUCCCUCAGAGCAGACGGACCAAACAGAUGCUGCUUCUAUCGUUAGUGCAGCUGUUACGACGACAAGUCAGCAGCAGCAGCUAACAACAACAACUAUUACUACCAAUACGCCUCCUGCGUCGACGACAGCAACUGAAAAUGAAAUAGACAACCGGCGUUCAACAUCUCCUCAAGUAACCGGUCCGAAGCGUUUACAUGUGUCCAAUAUACCCUUUCGAUAUAGAGAAGCGGAUCUUAGGGCCUUACUAGGCCAAUUUGGCACCAUUUUAGACGUUGAAAUCAUCUUCAACGAGCGUGGCUCUAAGGGAUUCGGUUUUGUGACGUUCGCGAAUAGUGCUGAUGCGGAUCGGGCAAGAGAGAAAAUGAACGGUCAAGUGGUUGAGGGCAGAAAAAUAGAGGUUAACAACGCUACAGCAAGAAUAAUGACAAGAAAGAAAGAUAGCACGGCAGCGGAGGCACUAAGAAGUAGUGUUGCAGCACUACAACGUUCUGGUAGAGUUCGUCCAACAGCUACUAUUCCAAUAGCUGGUCUCAGAACUCCUAUUCAGAUCCAAUUACCAGGAUUAUUCCAAGAUCCCUAUUUGGCAAAUUUAACAGCUGCAUUUGGAGCAGAGAGAUAUCCGCACUUGGCCGCUACCUACGGUGCACGUUAUGCUCUACCAACUGUAGCUACGGCAGCGUAUACUGGUAAUAGCGGGUAUAUAUCAUAGUUUUCAUAUUUUUUUAUAUUUACCUAAGUAGAUACAUCGAAGAUUGCAUGUUGCGCAAAUGUUUAAAGUUAAUAUACAUAAAAUGUUGACAGAAUUGGCCGCGAACUUACUGCUGAUCCUUACUUGGGACACAGCAUAGGGCCAGUUGCAGGAUAUGGGGUACGUGUCACUAACAUUUCUAUAAUGGCUGUUUCGCAACAAGUGCAUGAUACUGUUUCUUUUCAUUCUAUCACUGCCAUCUGAUUUCAAAAUCUUUCAUUUUUUCAAUAUUCCUUCUGAACUAUAUCUCUUAGUUAGAAAGAGUUGUUUAUUUGGUUUUACCAGGGGAUGUUUUAAAUUUUCCAUUUUGUCAACAGGCCAUUUACCGAGCAGCAUCUGGUGGAUACCAACGAUUCGCUCCAUAUUAGAGGAAAUACCUUAAUGAGCUACAGACAUUAGCAUUACAUACACUGCCACCUAAUACUCAAUUUAUGUGGUGCUUGGGCUGUUGCAAUCGUUUGAAAGACUUCACCUUUAAAAACAGACUUUUUUCACUCCUGCAUCAAUGAGAAAGCCGGAUAAAUGUAACGCCGCUAGAUGGCAGUAAUGAGUUCAUUUCAGCUACGUAUCUUCGCAGAAAUAAACAAUUGAUGUAGCACAUCAGCAUCAUUGUUUAAAUAGUAAACAAUAAUGAAAUAUCUGGUGCUAUUGUUUAUUUCUGAUUUUUUUUUCUGAAAAGUUACCGCCAUUUACCGGCUUAGAUACUUUGAUCGGUUGCUCGUUUAAGGAUCUACACUACGCACACACAUUGUUUUCGUCUAAUGUUUAAGAUAAUUAUUGUGUGUCUGGUGGUGUAUAAUUUUAUAGUUCUGGUGCUUCGCCCAGGUAGAAAAUCUUGCCAAAGGAACCCACCGACUAUCGUAAUCUGGGCAGGCUAUAGUCUUCCUUCGACCCAAUUACUUUGCCAUGUUAAAUUAAGUUUAGUCAUAAAAGUUAUGUAUUAUUUUUGACUAGUCAUAAAUUCAUGUAAACAGUCUUGUAACAGUUAAAUAUUUUGUUUCUAUGAAUUUUUCCUUUUUGGUAUUUUGCUUAAUUAUGUAAAGUGUAAUGUUGUGAUUAAACAAAAUAAAUGUAAUGUGUGAUUUAUUAAAUAAAUUAUUUGAAACUUCUGGAAACGCUAUGAAAACGUAAACUAAUUUAAUCCGGUAGAUGACAGCAGUAGUCUUAUUUACAAACACAACUUGAAUUUAUGAUAAAAUACAAAGUUUCUGGAAUUAAAUAAAGUAAUUUAACGAAAGUAAAAAUAUAAAAAGGUUUUAAGAGAUAUACACAACGUAAAAUAAUAGGUAGAGAGAAAACGCGGGCUCUGAAAGCUUUAUUGUUGACAGAGAUCGGAAC